AUGUCGCUGGUUCAACAUGUCUCUGUGCUUGAGGGUGUCGAUCGUGAACCAGAGUCGGAUGUUGGAGAAGAUUUCACUUCCAUUCGUCGCACAAUCAGCUACGAUGUUCUCCAACCGCCCAGCCUUCCUGUUCCGGUCGUCGAGCCAGCCCCGGGUGUCCCAGCUUAUAAAUAUUCAGCACCAACGAGAAUAGCCCAGGUCAUAUUUACGGUUUUCGCGUGCUGGGUCGCGUCGGGAAUCGUCUUUGGUUUCGCUGCGUUGAAACCGGUCUUGGUGGAGGAAGGAGUCUAUCAUGAUCAAUGCACCGAGGACGAACUGAGCGAGGGAAUCGAUUUGUGUAAACAGCAGGAUCUGAGACUGAACCUCUUUUUCACCAUCGCAUCGAUCACUGCCAAUGUGUCCGCGCUCCCGGUCGGUACAAUCCUCGAUCGCUAUGGAUCUCGGGUCUGUGGACUCAUCGGCUGCGUCAUCUUGACCAUCGGAAGUUUGUUAAUGGCGUCCUCGUUUCGGCGACCGGGUUUCGAUGGCCUGUUGGCUGGCAACUUCUUUUUGGCUCUCAGCGGGACGUUCAUCUUCGUACCGUCAUUCCAAAUUGCCAAUGCUUUCCCACGAUACGCUGGGUCGAUCGUCGCGUUGGUGACUGGAGCUUUUGACGCAUCGGCUGCCGUCUUUCUAUUUUACCGAUCAGUAUAUGAGGCCUCUGGCGGGACCUUCACGCCGGACCAAUUCUUCAUGGGAUACCUGGUAGUCCCAGUGAUGAUCUUUUUGGCUCUUAUCUCCUUCAUGCCCCGUCGCGAUUAUGUACCACCCUUUAAAUUGGAGGACAGGAUUGAACAAGCAGAGGACCCAACUCGAGAUGUACACGAAUCCGACGAUGAGAUCGAGAGCGACCGUGAACUACUGCGCAUUCGUAUUAAGCGUGCGGAACGUCGGAAGCACAAAGCGCGUAAGAUUCACGACGUGCUCGGCACGAAGGACGAGAUCCAAUCUCGCGCUGAAAAGGAGGAGGAUCGUCAGCAGGUCAGUCAGGUUUGGGGUGUAUUGCACGGGUUGCCCGCUCGCAAGCAAAUGACCACUCCGUGGUUCAUCCUCAUUACUCUCAUGACCAUUUUACAAAUGAUCCGGAUGAAUUAUUUUAUCGCCACUAUCCGAUCACAGUAUGAAUACAUGCUCGGCUCCAUUGAAGCAGCCGAGCAAAUCAACACCUUUUUCGAUGUUGCACUGCCGGUCGGUGGAGUUCUUUUCACUCCUUUCAUCGGCAUGUUGCUAGAUCGUCUUAGUGUCCCUGCACUGCUUGGACUGAUCGUGGCUUUUACCACAAUCAUCGGAGUUCUCAACUCGAUCCCCACCAUCUGGGCCGGUUAUAUGACAGUCGUGCUAUUUGUUUUGUUACGGCCCUUAUACUAUUCUGCCAUGUCUGACUAUGCCACGAAGGUGUUUGGUUUUGCAACCUUCGGUCGUGUAUAUGGAACUAUCAUUUGUCUGUCCGGACUCGCGAACUUCUCACAGUAUGGAUUGGAUGCCCUCACCCAUCACACAUUCCAUGAGAACCCGAUCCCAAUCAACGCGGCCCUUGCGGUGUCUGGAUUUGUGGUCGGAAUUGCACUAGUCGGUUUUGUCACCGUUCAGGGUCACCGAUUGAGCGCUCAGGCAGAAGGCGAUGACGAAGAAAGAGAGCCAUUGCUGGAGGAGGAAGAGGAAGACAGCGAUGGAUAUGAAUCGAGUCGUUACUGA